AUGUGCUUCACCGCGGAAGAAUCUGAUAAAGACUUGCUGUACGAUAUUCCGCGGGAACAAGCUCGUUACUCCCGUCAUGCUGCGCCCCAGGGGCCAGGAGGGGCGUUCACUCUUACUAUAUCUGUCCUCGUAGAUGUCGUGCACCUUGGCGUGUCGCGUAUGGAGCUCGAGCUGAAGGUUCUCAAACAUCCUCGCGAUGAUGCUACCCAAGCGGUCCCAGUAUGUUCCAGAUGCCCCGGAUGGCCAGAACACCUAGCAACGGAGACGCCCUCGUAUCCAGGACCAAGGAACGAGGAGUUCCCUCAAGAGGGCGAAAUUCGAUGGGCCGCAGUAUCCGUGUUUUCCCCCUACAUAAAGUUCUUCAAGCUUGGGACACCAGCUUUCGAAGGGAGAAAUCGGCCAUUUGUUGUCACUGGGUUCGAUGAGACAUACGAAAAAUGUAUGGUUUCGCUCUUUGCUACUUUCACUCCUGGUCCCGGAGAGCCAGGUCUCUGGGCGAUGCCGGAGGUUGCGAAGUUCUUCUGUAUACAGGUUGCUCAGAUUUCAUCUUCUGAUACAAGCGACGAAGGGAGGGAGUCACAACCAGACGUUCCUCCGCAAGUCGCGCCGCUAUCCAAGUUGCAUAUACAUACUCGUCGUGCAUGGCGGGGGAAGCGAAAGCAAUAUGCUAUCACACUGUCUUACGCACUUCCACGGAAAGCCUUGUAUACAGUUUUCCGACAAGAUGGCUACCAUGUCGUGAUGGAGGAGGACGAACAGGACCGUCUUGUCACUAUCCGUGACGAACUCGAACGCGCGUGGCGAAAGACAGAAGAGGAUAUGCCCGAGGUGAAAAAUGGCGUACUGGCAAAGCUGAGGAGAGUUAUCAAUAAACACGUUCACCCACCUCCCUCAGGCAAGACGGUCGCUGAACCCCUCGCGACGCCACUUCCCAGCUCUACACAGACAACCCCGGUCACUGAGCAAACACGAGAGUCCGUCGACGGCAAACCUGCGUUUGCGAGUGGUACAAAUACACCCGGACCAGCUUUCCGGCCUGUGCCGCCUUCGGGGACGCCCACCGAAACCGCCACAUUGGAAAUGCAAGCUGUUCAUCACACCACGGCCACCCUUUCGAGCGUUUCUUCCAUCCCGGAGGUCCGACCUUUCACAACUCCUACCAUGUCGCCGCAGACGGAGAAGCUCCAGGGAGCUUGGAAGACCCCGCUCUCAACGAAACUAUCGCCAUCCAUGAGUCGAGCCUCGGAAGGAACGCGAUUGAAUGAUGCGAAAGAGCACCCUGUUUCUGAGCCGUCUGAGAAGAUCUCCGUGGGCGAAUGGAUCACACAGAAAGUGCGACGACGUCCGGCAGCUAGGGGCAACGGGGGGCGGGGUAAUGGCCGGAAUGUCCCUGGAUUCACUCGCAAGUCGGGAAAGACAUGGUAG